AUGGAGAAGACCGAUGGAAUCAUGACACAAUCUACUAAGAGAAUUGAUAAGGUUGAGACGGCGGUAGUGGAGGUCACCACGAGAAUGGGGGCUUUGGAGCAUCAAAUGAGUCAAAUUGCCCAAGCCGUGGGCCAACUUCAUCAACCGGGGCAAUUCCCAAGCAACACCAUUCCUAACCCAAAGGAUUGCAAGGCUAUCAAUUUGAGGAGUGGAACAAGCUAUAAGAGCCCCCCUAUGCCCGAAAAGGAAGCUAUUGUGCAACCCGAAGAAGAAGAGACAAUAGAAGUGGAGGCAUCAACGAAGAGCCCACCAAAAGAUCAAGCCGAGACAAUAGUUCCUCCUAAGCCCACGGAAGUUAAACUUCCUGUCCCUCAAAUGAUGCAAAAGAAAAAGAAGGAUGAACAAUUUUCAAGAUUUUUGGAUAUCUUUAGGAAAGUUCAAAUUAACAUCCCUCUUGUUGAAGCACUUCAACAAAUGCCAAGUUAUGCAAAGUUCCUCAAGGAUGUGGUAUCACAAAAAAGGAAAUGGGGGCACUAUGAGACGGUCAACUUGACGGAGAGUUGCAGUGCAAUUAUUCAAAGGAAGUUGCCGGCCAAAAUGCAAGAUCCGGGAAGCUUCACUAUUGAGUGCACUAUUGGAAAUUGCUUUGUGGGGAAUGCCUUGUGCGAUCUAGGGGCUAGCAUUAAUCUUAUGCCAUUGUCCUUCUUCAACAAGUUGAAUAUUGGUAAAUUGAGAUCGACUAGCAUUACUUUGCAAAUGGCGGAUAGAUCGGUGGCAUAUCCCUCGGGCAUAGCAGAAGAUAUAUUGGUGAGGGUGAAUGAAGGAUAG